CUUGUACAAUGUUAAAGAGAGAAUGAUCCGUUUCUGCAUAUCACCGUUAGCUGCUAUGUGACAAGGUUUGAUGAAACAAAUGUAUAUAAUUUACCAGCAAAUGGAGUUUAUGAGAUGCAUUCCUAUGUGAUCGAGAACCACGUGAACUGAAGAGCUGGCAAACCAUUUGAGAUAUGGUUGGAUUCCGACCACAGGAAAAUGUCCAGCUGACAGCUACAGAGCAUGCUUUUGCUGGGGCUGUUAGCGGUGCAGUGUCACGGGUCAUGUUUCAGCCUCUUGAUGUCCUUAAAGUUAGAUUUCAGCUGCAAAUAGAGCCCAUCCAACCCAAAAACUCUUCAAAGUACUGGGGGAUGUACCAAGCUACUAGGACCAUUAUCAAGGAGGAAAGUCUCAGAGCUCUAUGGAAGGGACAUGUGCCUGCUCAGUUUUUGUCAGUUCUGUAUGGAGUUGGCCAGUUUGUUAGUUUUGAGUUCCUGACAAAGUUGGCAUGGAAACACCUACCCGAAGAAUACUCUACGAAGUACCGUCCCCUGACUCACACUGUGUGUGGAGGUUUGGCCGCCUGUGCAGGCACAAUGUUAGCCCAGCCCUCUGAUGUUCUACGGACACGCUUCAUUGCUCAGGGCUCUGUCAAGACCUACUCAGGCCUGUUGUCAGCAAUGAACCAGAUUAAACAGACAGAGGGGAUUCCAGGGCUAUACAAAGGAUUGGGCCCAGCCCUCAUUCAGACAAGUUUCCAAAUAGGACUGCAAUUUGGAUUGUACUCUGGUCUCACCUCAAUGUGGCAGUGGAUGGAACAUAAACCCCUUGGAGGGGCAUUGGGUGUAACAGAAAGUUUGGUUUGUGGAGCUGCUUCAGGGGUCAUCUCAAAAUUUCUUGCUUACCCAUUAGACAUGACUAAAAAAAGAUUGGAAAUACGAGGUGUUGAACACAUACGUAAGGAAUUUGGCUCGACACGUGCUUACCGUGGGUUUAUACAUUGUGUGGUGUGUGUUUUACGAGAAGAAGGACUGAGAGGAAUGUACAAAGGCCUCUCACCAAGUCUCAUAAAGGCUGCCUUUAUGGCUGCCUCCAACUUCUUUAUAUAUGAGCAAGUUUGUAAUGCUCUCAAGCUUCGCAAAGCUGACUCCUGAUGACAAUGGUGAUUGCUGCGGAGGAGUAGAUUCUGUUAUAAUUAAGAAACUAUAUUAUUAAUCAUUCUGAUACUCAUACUCGCCCUUUUUGUACAUAGAAAAAACAGAAUUUCUGAAAAUACUGCAAGAGUUAUUUCCCUUACGACAGAACAUUUUUUUUUCAACUGCUAUGACAAAAAUUGAGAUGAAAAUACUCUCAACUUAAAAUGACUCUUCAUGUUUGGUAGUGUACCUGGAAUAACUGUUACAAAAGAUAAAAUAUUCUGUUGAUCUGAAGAGGAAAUUAAUUCAUCAUAAAAUAUAAUAUAUAUCUGAAACAAGAUAGAAGAGAGUAACACCAUCUCCAUAGACUUCAAUUUAAUCGCCAAAAGAAUGUGAGGCCUGAGGACCUCUUGUUUUUAUUUACUCAUGGUUUUUGUUUGUUUAUGUCUUAAUCAGUAUUAAUAAACAUUAUAGCAGCAGCAACAAACAAUUUAUCUCAAUAAAGGGCCCAUGUUGUAUAUAUUUACUCAGGGAAGUAAAGUUUAAUAAGUUAGAGAAAAUGAUAAAGAUUUUUAUUGCUUGAUUGAAUUAUACGCAUAUGUUUUUGGUAAGAAAUCUUGACGUCCCUGUUUGAAAUGUAAGCCUGGGAUUGCCACCCUUAAAUGACCUACGUGUAUAGGUAAAUGUUUUGAUUGAUUUUGUGUUAAGGAUGUAUGAAACGUAUGUUUGACAGGAAGUACAACAUCAUUGAUAUAAAAUAGAUUGAAGCAUUAUAUCAUAUACAUUUGCAUUUUAAUAUGCUUUGUUACCAGUAGUUGUACAUUUUGUAAAAAAAGUGGAGCACUAAAUACGACGUUUUGUCAAUUUCCUGUGGACUACAUUUUGUGACAGUGUAGUUGACGUCAAGAUUUGGUUUUUAAAGGUCAAUGUUUGACAUUUGGGUGAAAAUUAAAAAAAUUUUAAAAAAUAUCAUCUAAACAAAGAUUUAUUUUGAAAAAAGUUUUCAGCAUCAAGUUUCAUAUGUCCUUAAACCAAUUAACAAUAAUUUGGUUGGGUUUCUAUGACCACUAAAAGAUUAAUAUUCAAAGACAA